AUGGUGGCAUGUCCGAUCUGCCAGAAGCCUGUGAAGGAGGCAGACAUCAACCGCCAUAUCGAUUCGGAAUGCAAGACAUAUAUUGACGAUCCAAGUCUACUGCCUCCUCCAACCCAAACGAAGAACUCGUCCAAGGCCGCCGGCUUCUUCACACCCGCUCCGAGAAGGAAUGUCAGCUUCAGAGCGGAUGAAGCUUCCUCGCCUGCUGUCGAUAUUUUGAGCACUCAAAAGCCCAUAGCCAAACCGGCUCUCGUCGCAGCARGAGAUGUCCCAUCAACGAAGCGAUCAUGGGAGGACGACGUGCAUGCACAAGCCGGGCAGGAGAAAGCCGAAGCUUCAGGACCGGCGUUGAAGAAAGCAAAGAAUUCCCACGCUCCACUAGCAGAGCGUAUGCGGCCGCAAAGUCUGGACGACGUCGCGGGUCAAGAGCUGGUUGGGCCGAAUGGAGUGUUGAGAAAUCUCAUCGUUACAGACCGCGUGCCGUCGAUGAUAUUGUGGGGAGGGCCUGGGACUGGCAAAACAACGAUCGCACGUUUGAUAGCACAGACUGCAGGAACACGUUUUGUCGAGAUCAACAGUACAUCAAGCGGAGUGGCGGAGUGCAAGAAGCUUUUCGCAGAGGCACAAAAUGAGAAAGGCUUGACUGGGAGGAAAACGAUCAUAUUCUGUGAUGAGAUACAUCGCUUCAGCAAAUCUCAGCAAGAUGUCUUCCUCGGACCUGUGGAAGCUGGACAAGUCACCCUCAUUGGAGCUACUACUGAGAAUCCAUCAUUCAAAGUUGCGAAUGCUCUUAUGAGUAGAUGCAGAACCUUUACGUUGGCGAAGCUGACUGAUGAURGCAUCUUCGGAAUCUUGCGCAGGGCACUGAUACGUGAAAUACCUGGUCUACCGACACCCUCCCCAAGUCCAUCCUCCGAGGACCAAAUCGAACAUCCAGAAAACGAGCCAGCCUCUGACGACGAAAGCUACCAUAUUCUUACAGACGACAACUAUGCGCUAAUCCGCUAUCUAGCCAGCUUCGCAGAUGGCGAUGCUCGAACAGGUCUCAAUCUUUUGGAACUGGCUCUGGAUUUGUGCAAACGACCCAACGUAACAAUCGAAGACAUCAAAAAGAGCUUGACGCAGACUUUGGUUUACGACAGAGCCGGAGAUCAGCAUUACGACACCAUCUCCGCUUUCCACAAAUCCGUUCGAGGAAGCAAUGCCGAUGCUGCGUUGUAUUAUCUCGCCAGGAUGCUCCAGUCUGGGGAAGACCCCCUGUACAUUGCUCGGCGGAUGAUAGUGAUGGCGAGUGAAGACAUCGGACUGGCAGACAACACAAUGUUAUCGCUCGCCACAGCGACGUACACUGCCGCUCAAGUGAUUGGAAUGCCGGAAUGUCGCAUCAACUUGGCACAUUGCACCGUCGCUCUCUGCGAAGCUCCAAAAUCUGUCAGAAGCUAUCGUGGUUUGAAUGCCGCGUAUGCUUCGUUGAAAGAACCCGGCAUGGCAGGAUUACCAAUUCCAAUACAGCUGCGAAAUGCCCCGACGAAGCUCAUGAAGGAGCUUGGAUAUGGCAAGGAGUACAAAUACAAUCCAGACUUCGUCGAUGGUAGAGUCGUACAAGACUAUCUCCCGGAGAAGCUGGAAGGACGUAAACUUCUCGGACCAGAUCAUCUUGGCGAUAAAGUUGAUCCUGAGAUCGCAGAAUUGGACGACCAGCAGCGCUAUGCGGAUGACCUUGAUCAACGCGAGGUGCUGUUGGGUCCUGAUGGAGAAUGA